AUGGCUACCACGUUCUCGCUGGAGAACAAAGCUCUCAAGCUUUCCUUCAAAGCCGACAUCGAGCCCCACCUCCAAGCCCUCAUCGCCAACAAUGACGUCGAAGAAUUCGUCCUUCAGGGAAAUACCAUCGGCAUCGAAGCCUCCCAGGCUCUCGCCGAAGUCCUCAAGACCAAAUCGAAGCUAAAAACAGCAAACUUAGCAGACAUCUACACCUCCCGUACAAUCGACGAGAUCCCCCAAUCUCUAGACGCAAUCCUCCCAUCCCUCCUCCCCCACCAACACCUCACAACCAUAAACCUCUCCGACAAUGCUUUCGGAAAACGCAUGGAACCCCAGCUCGUCGCCUUCCUCUCCUCCCACCUACCCCUCCAGCACCUAAUUCUCAACAAUAACGGUCUAGGACCCCUCUGCGGUACCGCAAUCGCCGAUUCCCUCACAACCCUAGCCUCCAAGAAAACCUCUGCGCAUCCGAAAUUGGAAACCAUAGUCUGCGGGAGGAAUAGGCUCGAAAGUGGGAGUAUGGAGGCUUGGAGUCGGACUUUUGCCGCCCAUACGGGUGUCAAAAUCGUGAGGAUGGUACAGAAUGGAAUCCGACCUGAAGGAAUUUCGCAUCUACUCACCAAUGGUUUGGUCCAUUGUACCAAUCUCGAAAUCCUGGAUCUGCAAGAUAAUACGUUUACUCUUAAGGGCGCAAAGGCUUUGGCGGCUGUUGUGGGUGCUUGGACGGUUAUUAAGGAACUAGGUGUCGGAGAGGUAUUGCUGGGAGCUAGGGGUACUACUCUACUGGCUGAAACGUUGGCAAAGGGAACGAAUAAGGAGAUGAGAGUUUUGAGGUUGCAGUUCAAUGAUAUCAAUAGAAAGGCUUUACAGGGCUUGAAGAGUGCGGUCAAGGUUUUGGAAAAAUUGGAGUUGUUGGAGUUGAAUGGGAAUUGUUUUUCGGAGGAAGACAGCUUGGUUAAUGAGAUCAGGGAUAUCUUUGAGGAUAGAGGGUUGGGUGAACUAGACGAAUUAGAUGAGAUGGAAGAACUCAGUGACGAGGAAGAAGAGGAGGAGGAAGAGGAGGAGGAGGAAGAAGAAGAGGAAGAAGACGAGGAGAAGGAGCAGGCCAGAGAGAGAAUCGUCAGGGAUGCAGAAGACGCAGAGGCGGCAAAUGUUCCUCAGGAGAAGGAUAAAAAUGUGGAUGAUUUGGCAGAAAUACUGGGCAAGACUCAGAUCUCGGAUUCCAAGGUCAAGCCGUCUGCUUGA